AGAGAGAAAGAUAGGCAACGCAAAGUGUACACAGAUCUGUUCAUCCGGCCGUUCGACCGACCUACCGGUACCGGAGCUCAGCGCCGACAAGAGAUCCAGAAACAAAGAAGAAAUACUCUCCGGAUCGGUACCAUACUUUUGAUACAGGGGAAUUCAAGAUGAUGUCCGGAAAUUACACAACCAUUGACAACCAGAAUGUUUCUGGAUCUGUUCCUGCUGUUUCAGAUCCUCCAGGACAAGUCUCUGUGAAAUUUAAUGAUUCAACUCUCCAAACCUUUCCCCCAUCUGGAACACAAGGCAAGAUCUCAGGCGCUUCUGGACCUCCCCGCGAUGCCGAUGAUACAUUCUCAAAGCCAGUAUCUGGUUCAUCAGAAGCACAACAAAGUAGUGGUUGGUUCAAGGUAUUCACAGUUGCUGCUUACCAGCCUUACUUUGAUGUUGACACAUCUGAUGUUUUAGAAAGAAUCAAAGAUUCCCUCUUGCCCUUUGGAGGAAGCUUCAAUGAAAAAACCGCUAGCAACCCAGACUUGUAUGGACCUUUUUGGAUAUGCACUACCUUAAUCUUUGUUGCAGCUUCUAUUGGGACAUUUGUGACUUAUUUGGCUCACAAGCUACAACAUAAAGAAUGGAACUAUGAUAUCAAUCUAGUAACAUGGUCUGCUGGAGUGUUCUAUGGAUAUGUGCUUGUUGUGCCUCUUUGUUUGUACAUUAUUCUCAAGUACUUUUCUGCCCCUUCUGGCCUUGUUCAACUAUUCUGUCUAUACGGAUACUCCCUGUUUAUCUUCAUUCCAGCCAUGUGUCUAUCGGUUGUUCCAAUGGAGAUAUUUAGGUGGGUGAUAACGGGUGUAGCGGGGGUAAUGUCGGCAUUAUUUGUGUCACUGAAUCUAAGAAACCACAUAGUGGCGGCGGGUGAGCGAUGGUUCCUAAUUGUGGCCGGGAUUUUUCUCUUGCAGUUGGCUCUCUCUGUUGUACUUAAGCUGUAUUUGUUCAAUGUGAAUGUGUAGUUUUUUUUUUUUAACAGAAAUUGGUAAUGGUAUCGAAAAUUUAUAGGGAUUUUAGGGUAAAUGGAGUUUUGUGAACUUAAGAUUUGAAUGUUUUCCAUGGACAGAAGAGAAACUAUAUUCUUAUUUUUUGAUAUAUACAGAGAUUG